AUGGCCUCUCGACAUCCUUCACACUCCGGGUCAUGGUACUCGGCUAGCUCCGACACCUUGGCACGCCAGCUGGAUGGCUGGCUGGCCCAGGUUCCCGACACGAUGGAGAAGGUCGGCUCGCUGCCAACCCCGGGAGCGAGAGUGAUCAUAGCACCGCAUGCGGGAUUUUCGUAUUCUGGUCCAUGUGCUGCGUACGCCUACAAAGCAUUAGAUCUCUCCAAAGCCAAGCGAAUCUUUAUUCUGGGACCAUCGCAUCAUGUCUCUCUAUCGACCCUCGCUCUGCCAACGUUAACUUCCUACCGUACCCCUCUAUCCGCUGAGCCCCUCCCACUUGACACCGAGCUGAUCACCCAGCUCUCCGAAACACAGGCGACCCGACCUAACGGGUCAAAGGUUAGCUUCACUCACAUGUCACGCUCUGUCGAUGAGGAUGAACACAGUAUUGAGAUGCACUUGCCGUACAUCCAUCGCCUGCUGCAGGUCCAAUUCCCAGAUUUGCCAACUUCUGAAUACCCACGUCUGGUCCCAAUCAUGGUUGGAAAUACUUCAGCCGCAACAGAGGAAGCAUUCGGCAAUUUGUUGGCCCCUUACCUAGCAGAUCCAUCCAACGCGUUUGUUAUCAGUUCGGACUUCUGUCACUGGGGUUCCCGCUUCCGCUACACUUAUUAUGUGCCCCAGGCCCCCAAGCCCGGGCCUCAACUUCCGCUGUCUAGUGACGCACUUCCACAGCCAGAAUCAGACACCAGCGGUGCUGAAUCGAGUAUCGAGGCAGUAUCGGCCGGUCAUUCCCUGCGGCAACGCGAUCGAAUCUCGAGCCGUGACCCGGCCAUUCACGAAAGUAUCUCGGCAUUUGAUAUGGCAACCAUGGCUGCCAUUACAACCGGAUCUGCCAAAUCCUUUUUGGACGUUCUUGACCGCACAGGUAACACCGUAUGUGGUCGCCAUCCAAUCGGGGUGAUCAUGGCAGCUCUGCAAGUUGUCACGGCCAAUCAGGCGACGGAUCAGCAGGGUCGCUUCUAUUUCUUGCGAUAUGAACGCAGCGCUGAUAUAUUAGACGCUGACGACAGCUCGGUGAGCUAUGUUUCUGCGUUUGCAGUGCUUUAG